CAUUCGGGUGUGCAUUCAUUUUUAAAAAUGUUUACUGAUAUUGAGGAUUUCUUCGAUGCUCCUCAUAUUCGUGAUUUUGUUUUGGAAAGAGCAUUUCACGGAAUUCGUUUAGACGAAUCACCUGAAAUAUUCAGAGCCAAUUCACAAAUUGUUCAUAAGCAAAAUAAGAAGUGCAACAUUCGAGCAACUCAAGCUCGACAACUUGGUAACCGACUGUACUCGGAGAGCUUGCUCAUCAGAGCAGCAGAACGGUACAACGAAAGUUUGGCAUGGGCUGAACCAGAAUCUGAAGCCAUGACAUUAGCAUACGGCAAUCGUUCCGCAGUGAGUUAUGAGUUACAGGAAUAUCAACGUUGCUUAGACGACAUCGAAAGAGCUCGUAAGAAUGGAAAAGUCAAUCCACAAUUAGAGGCAAGACUGAAUAACCGAAAAAUCGCGUCCCAGGCUGCGCUUGAGAAGAAAAUAAAUGAUCCGGAUAGUUCCUUUCCCAGACCGAUGAUACUCAGAUAUCCAAGUAAUCCUAAAAUCCCCCAAAUGGCUCAAUGCUUGGAAUUUCAGAAAUCAUCAAAAUAUGGCAGGCACAUUAAAACAAAUCAAGAUCUUCAUGUCGGCGACGUCAUCAUGAUAGACAAACCUUUUGUCAGCACGCUCUUCAGUAGGUUGAAAUACCAGCGAUGCACUUAUUGCCAGUCAGAUAGUCUUCUCUAUUUGAUGCCAUGUUUGGAAUGCACAGAUGCUAUGUUCUGUACUGUAGAUUGCCGUGAACGAGCAUUCAAUGAAUAUCAUCGUUUUGAAUGUUCUGUGUUGGGCGAAAUGCGAGAGUUGAUUAUGGAAGAUACUGUACUGUUUCUUGCUCUAAGAAUAUUACUGAAAGGGAUUUCAGCCUUCAACGACGAUUUAGACAACCUCGUGAAACAAACAAAAGAAGUCUCCAAAAAACCCUUAUACAUUUUCAAUCAAAAUUGGAACGGGAUAAAUACACAGAAAUGUUUUCUUGCAAUUCAAACGUUGAUAUGCCAUGAAGAUGAUAUGAAAGAACAUAAUUAUGCUGCCUCAUAUAACUCGGUGCAUCUCAUUCUAGAACAGCUGCUUCGUUACACACCUCUCAAAGAUAUUUGCAAAAACGAUGAACACAAAGAAAUUCUCUGCGAUCUGUUUCUGAGACACUUGCUGAUCAUUUUGUAUAACACGGGAACUGUAACUAAAUUGAAGGACUUUCAACCGAGCGUUAACUCGUUUUCUUACAUACCGAGUAACUUGAGCCUAUCGGUCUAUCCUUUGUACUCGCUAAUAAACUAUUCUUGCGUUCCGAAUGUGACGACAAUACACCUCCCAGAUGGACGAGUUGGCAUUGUGGUAUCCCAAGCGAUAAAGCGCGGAGGACAACUGUUUACUACAAACGAUUUAACUUUCGAAAAUCACCCGCGCCUUUUACGUCAGGGUGUUUGUAGACUAGUCUUAAACUAUGAAUGCACCUGUGUAGCUUGUCAGCAAAAUUAUCCUUUGGCUGUGAAGCUGAAGCUUAUCCCACAACUCUCUGCAACAUGUGCGGUACUAUCAAUACCUGAAAACAAAGGAUUUGACGCCCCGUUUGCUUUGGAAAAGCUGCCGAAAAUUUGCGAGUUUUUGGAGAAAAACGAUAAACACUUUCCAUGCCUGGAGCUGAUUGAAGCACGCGAACAUCUUCGUUACUGCCUGUUACAAAUUUACACAGCAGAUCCAAUUACGAAGAAAGUUGCCAAGAUCACCAAUGUGAGGUUUAACACUUAAUUUGUGAUGGAAGCAAGGAGUUCACAAAUCUUUAACCACCUCAAUCUUAUCCAACUUGAAUCCGUGAGGAACCAACAACUUUAGGCCAAUUAAGUACGGUCAAGGAAAAAAAAUCUUGUAUUCUAUGCAUUUUAUGUGUUACAUUUUUUAGA